GCCGAGCGAAGUUGCCAGCAGUUCAACUUGUCGUUUGGGAUAUUUCGGCCUGGCCGUCGCCGUCGGCAGUUGGGCCACUUUUCCACGGGAGUCGCGUUGACCUUCUGGUUUCAAAUGUCAACAAUGUCACAUGACAAAGCCCUUUUUUCGACGUGCGUUGCGUGGCCCGAGGGGGGGCGCUGCCGCUUUUCCGGUGAAGUCACGAUGACGGAAGUGACGACGUUGACGCUUCCGAGCCCAGGUCGUCUUUGGACUACAGCCCCCCACCUUCUGACGUGCCAGCCGAACAAGAUGCACUUCGGCUAGAUGCGUGUGCGAAAGGACAAUAAGAUUGUUGCAGGCGCGGCGGGGACGACGACGACGACGACGACGAGGCACAAAAAUGCACCGUUGACAAGCGCUUGGAGCUUCUUGUUGGGUUUUUUUUUUCUCCCUUUCCUCCUCCUCCUCCUCCUCUUCUUCUUCUGCUGCCUUUUCCUGCCGCCUGGGCGCUGAUUGGUUGGUGAAAUGUCCACUCGACUCGUGUUUUUUUUGUUUGUUUGUUUGUUUGUGUGUUUGUGUUGUGACGGUUGCCAAACGCGAGACUUUUGCAGGCUUUUGUCGUGCGGCGGACGCUGUAGCGAGUUUGCCUGUGGCCACCCGGCGACUACGCGGGCAUACCCGUCCCGUGGGGUUAUCUGGCCCGGCUAAUGGGUGCUUAGCUUCCCGGCAGAAUGUUCCGUUCGGCCCGGGCGGCGGCGGCGGCGUCGUCGUCAAAUGAGCUGCCGGGCUAACGGCGCUAGCAUGUGACGUUCAUUCCGACGUCGACUUGUCCCCCCCUUUGAUGAUGUGGGCAGGAGGGGGGCUGGUAACGCGUUACAUUUACUCGAGUGACAGGUUCAAUUAAAGCUCUUCUUGCCAGAGUACUUUAAAUUUGCGCCCUACUUUUACUCGAGUAUUGAGUUCUUUAUUUCGAGUGUGUGGCUAAUUAUUGAACCCUCCCCUUUAUCUGUGGUUCCAAAAAUUUGAACGUGCCGUACUUGAGUAAAUAAUAUUUGGCCAGCGUCUUAGUGCUUCUGUCCAAAUCUUGAUUGUCUUUCCAAAGGACGCGAAACGUCGGUAAAGCCAAAAAUCGUGAUGUGAAUUCAAAUUCCAGUUGCCGCCUGAAACUAUACGCCGACCUCAGACUACAAAAAUCAUACUGCAAUGAAUAUUGAGACACAAAGUAUCCUGAAGGUUGUAUCAUUUCUUAAAGCAAGCAAGCAAGUAAGAAAUUCAAGGCGAAGCUCUCACGUGUCCGCUAUGAAGAAGAGAACUUUGUCUCCUCAGCUUGUAAAAAGGAUGCUGAACCGGAGGAAUCCUGAGCUCCACGAGGAACUGCAGAUCCAGGCGGCGGUGGCGGCGGGCAACGUGUGCGUGGUGCGCAGCAUGCUACAGCGCGGCUACUCGCCCAAGAUCCGCGACGCCAACGGGUGGACGCUGCUGCACUUCUCGGCCGCCAAGGGCAAGGAGCGAUGCGUGCGGGUUUUCCUCGAGCACGGAGCCGACCCUACGGUGAAGGAUUUCAUCGGGGGCUUCACGGCGCUGCACUACGCCGCCAUGCACGGGCGCGCCCGCAUCGCCCGCCUGAUGCUGGAGUCCGACUUCUGCGGCGACAUCAUCAACGCCAAGAGUUUCGACGGGUGGACGCCGCUACACGUGGCGGCCCAUUACGGCCGAGAUUCCUUCGUCGGCCUUCUCCUGGAGUUCCGCGCGCAGGUGGACCCGCUGAGCGACAAGGGUACCACGCCGCUACAGCUGGCCGUCAUCCGCGAGCGCUCCAGAUGCGUCGGCAUCCUGCUGGACCACGGCGCCGACAUUAACAUUCAGAACGGCUUCCUGUUGCGUUACGCCGUGAGUAAGGGCAACCACAUGUACUGCAGCACCUUCCUCAAACGCGGCGCCGAUACCAACCUGGGCCGGGCGGAGGACGGCCAAACGCCGCUGCACCUGUCGGCGCUGCACGACGACGUCAAGUGCGCUCGGAUGCUGUACGCUUACGGCGCCGACACCAACACCAGGAACUACGUGGGACAGACGGCCGCCGGCGUUUCCGUCAUCAUGUCCAGACACAGCAGACCGUGUCUGGACUUCCUUCAGGACGUCACCAGACGUCCGCGGAGCCUGCAGGACGCCUGUCGCAUCAAGAUCCGCCGCUGCAUCGGCCUGCAGCGCCUGCGCCUCCUGGAGGAGCUUCCCGUCGCCAAGGUCAUGAAGGAUUAUCUCAAACACAAGUUCUAACACCGCCCGACACACCCACCGGGACCCAAAUACGGAGAACAACUAGAGGGGGGGGGGGGGGGGAACCGUCCGAGGACUCCGUCGGCCUCGCCGAAGCUUCCGGGAGGUUGACCGGCUCGGUCCGACGGGCCCGGCCGCCUCCCGUCGCUCAAUGUAAAUAGUUCUUAGAUAUUUUUCUACAUUUAUUUAAAUGCCUCUCUUAUAAGUGCGUGCGUAUGUGUGAGAGAUUGAAAAAUGGAGUCUAGAAAUACCAUUAAAAAAAAAAAAAAGUCUCACUGUCACCAUGACAACAUGAGACGUUCAUGAGUGUGUGAGCUGUUUGUAUGGGAUUUCUCAACUUUCACAAUAAAACACAGGAAGUGCCCCA